GGCCGUCGCCGUGCGUAUCGACGUGGCGUCGGUGGCCGUCGCGUCGGCAGCGUCGACCGUCGGCGGCGUCGGCCGGUACUCCGACGGCGGCCCGGGGCGAGUGUGGCGGCGCGGCGCGCGGAGUGAGGAGGCCGCCGGACGGCGACCGGUGCCUCGAGCAGAGCGGUGCACCGCGCGAGUGGCGAGUGCUGACAGAGAGAGAGAGAGAGGGAGAGACGGACUGACGGCGGGCAUGGACCAGCAGGGAGUCGAGACCAGGAUAAGACACGUGUGGCCACCGGCGCACCAGUCAGCCUGGUAGCUCCAUCUAGAGCAGCUAAAAAGCGGCGAGGAUUAUUUUUGGCCCACCCAGGCAGCGAACAGGUUUAACGGCGAUUGCUGACUGUCAUCCCGCCACAAAAACACGGCUGGGUGGAAGAGGAGGGGCUCAUAAUGUUUCCCGUUGUGUUCUUCACUCUCAUGAUCGGCUGUUCAGACGGAAACCGGCUGCGCCACUGGGCUCACGGCGGCUCCCUGUUCGACGGCCCGUCCGAGCACGCGCACUCGCACACUCAGCGGAGCACCUCAGCGAACGGUACAGAGACGAACACGACUGCGCAGCUGGGCACGCCAGCGUUCCUGCACUGCCGCCAGCCGGCGUCAGCACAGACCGCCGACGGCAGACCCACAGAGGUAUCGUGGCUGCGGCGCCGCGACUGGCACCUGCUCACCACUGGGAAGACGGUGUUCACCAGCGACGAGCGGUUCCAGAUCUACCACGUUAAGGCGGACAACGACUGGGUGCUCAAGAUCAGCUUCGCGCAACUGCGCGACGAGGGCCUGUACGAGUGUCAGAUUCCUACGGACAAGGGGAAGCUGUCGUACUUCACGCGUCUGCGCGUGGUGCAGCCCGUGGCGACGAUCGAGGGCACCGGGCUGUACCACGUGGAGCGAGGCACGUCCAUCAGUCUCAGCUGCGUCAUCAGAGAGGCACUCACUCCACCGACGUUCGUGCAUUGGCACCAUAACGACAAGGUCCUGAAUCCGUACAACCUGCGCAGUGAUAUUCAGGUGAGCGUGGAGCACGAGCCCCGCCAGACGCGCAGCACGCUGAACAUCACUGAUGUGCGGGACACGGACAGCGGCAACUAUAACUGUUCGGCCGACAACACGCGGCCGGCGUCUGUGCGCGUCUACGUCUCAGAAGGUGACAAGAUGGCCGCCAUCCAGCGGCGUAACGGCGGCAGCGCGGCCUCCUGGCUGGGCGGCACGGUCACGCUGGCCGUGAUGCUGGCGCUGCUCGUGCAGACGGUGCGGUGAAACAGGCGCGGUCGCUGGCCGUGCCGCCGACGCGCCGCUAACGCCGCCGCCGACGCGCCGCAGGAGCCGGCGCCGGCGGUCGAACUGAGCGCGCGGGACAGCGUGUGAGGCGCGGCCGCGGCGGCCGCAGCCCGCCCGCGGCCCUGCACGGACGGCAGGCGGCCGCGCAGGCACGUGUGACGUGUGUAGACUGCAGGUGAUGUGUGAAGACACUGGGUGAUGUGUGUGUGUAGACUGAGUGAGGUGUGAAAUCAUGGGUGCGUGGUUUGGGCAGUGCUUUGAAGUUUGAACUGAGGCCGAGCAGUCAAUGCGCACAGAGGACCCCUUGGCGUCUCAGUGGCGAUACGGACGCAGAUAUGCGCAGGGGAGUGCAGGACCAGCCAUCGACAGUGGUCUCGCCGUGUCGCUGGUCUGGUCAGCGUGGGGAGCAGACCCGUAUAGCUCCUCCGGUGAAAGGACGGUGGACAGCCGCCACAUCCAGGCCGCUCCCGGCAGCCCGAUAGGCCGCUCCCGACAGCCCGCGCUGCUCAAUUCUGACCUGGCGCGGUGGGAGGAGGCUCGCCACCGGGUCUCUGACCAUCGAGGCGCCGCGCCGGCCGAGCUCUGAAAUGUGACCGAGGCUGUCGCUGAAGAGUGUUUCCUGAAGUGGCAUCGUUUUCGUUUCGUCCUGAUUAUAUGUUGAUAUCGUGUGUCUUCAUUAGACGUCGCCUGUUUCGAUCUGUUCGGACUGCGUGUGUUUACCGGCACAGUGUCUGUUAGGUUGCGGAGCCCGGUGCCGAUUUGGCUACAUUAGCUGUGUUGUGGCCUCGUGUGAGGGUCGCCAGUCACCGGGGUUUGCUAAUGUCCCCGCUCGCAUGUCGCUCGGCUCGGCCCGAGUAUUGCCCUGCAUGUUGACCGCACCCUCACGGUAUUAUGAUUGUUCGGCCCGGCUCGGCGCUCGCGUGGCCGCGCUCGCCAUGGCGGCGGCACGCUGUGCUGUGGUUGAGUGAGCCGCGCCGUUCAAUUGUCGGUCACGACAGCCGGCCGCCGGUCAGCUGUGAUGGUGUCGGUGGCGGCGGGCGGCGGCUCACGGUGACCUGAGGUCAGUUCGUGACCGGUCGACGGUCGACGCUAUGUCUUGUCACCACACUGUGAUUACCUGCAGACAGCCGCAAACCACAUCGGGCGAACCUACAAAUAUUUGCAUCGUUGGUAGAGCGAGUAUCAUGCUGCUUCACGACAGGCGAGAGUGAAAACGAUCGCAGGCGCGGAAUUAUCGGUUCGUUUCUUUGGUGAAGCCGUGUUCGUUCCCGGUGAAUGCGACGGAUGUCGGUAGUUUCCGGUGGCAAUCGUUUGUUGCGUCUCGCCGCCAGUCACCAGUUGUCGUUGAAAAGAACGCUGUCCGAUAGGGACAAAUCACGUGGCUCGAAAUGCUCCAAGUGUGGUGUGUGCUGGACAAGAGAACUGGAGUGCUUGUACAGUGUGAUUUUACUUGAAUGAGUCGAUAACAUCAUGUUUAAGAGUUGGGCAUCACUGUUAUUCACUGUCCAUAAGAGUUUUAUCACGAGUUCAGUAUAAAUGUAUGAAAAUAUACUAUUCGGGUUGUA